AUGAAAAUUGAAUGCGAAUUCCUAGCAUUUUAUGAAAAAGCUGUUUAUUAUUUAAACCAGUGGUUUGAUUUUUCAGACAAAAACUAUUUGUCGAAAAAUCAGUGCUUAAAUUUAAAGGAGAACCUUAUGUUUGAUAACCUGUUGGCAGCAGUUGAAAGUCUUAAUUUAGAAGACUCUUUUUCAAUGGAUGACCUUUAUGAAGAAUAUACUUGUGUUUGUCCACAGCUUCAAACAAAUUCCACCGGUACCGAAGUGGAUGAUGACCUCAACACUGAUGUUAUAUGGUCAAUAAUAUUCAUGAAAGCUGGACCUGAAAAACUGCCAAAUCUCUUGAAAGUGGAUGCUUUUGUCAUCAGCAUUCCAUGCUCAAAUGCAGCAUGA